CCGUACAAACUGACCUACAACGCAUCAUUCUCCAGUAUCCACCGCUGAGACGAACAACACUCUAAAAUGGCUCUCCGUGUUACCAGAAACCGCUUGGCUUCCGCCCCGGCCGAAAUGGCCAGCAAGACCUGCAUGGUGUCCGCUUCCACGAAGCCCCGCGCGGCCCUCGGUGAGAUCCGUAACACUCGUAACGUCGCAGUGAACAAGGAAGUCCAGAAAAAGAUUGUCAAGGCAGCGCCAACAAAAAAGACCAAAGUUGAGCAAGUGGUUGAACCAAAACAGCAGGAAAAUGUUGUUCCCGUUAAACCAGAGCCUGAGGUUCAGGUUCUCCCUGAACCACAGUCUCCCACUCCAAUGGAGACGUCAGGCUGUGAACCCGGCGACCUCUGCCAGGCCUUUUCAGAUGUCAUGCUCCACAACACCAUCAAGGACGUGGACGCUGACGACUACGACAACCCCAUGCUCUGCAGCGAGUACGUGAAGGACAUCUACAAGUAUCUGCGGCAGCUCGAGGUUGAUCAGAAUGUCAGACCCAGUUAUCUGCAGGGGAAGGAGGUGACCGGGAACAUGCGAGCCAUCCUCAUUGACUGGCUGGUGCAAGUGAGCUUGAAGUUCCGUCUGCUGCAGGAGACCAUGUAUAUGACCGUGGCCAUCAUUGACCGCUUUCUUCAGGACCACCCAGUCCCCAAGAAGCAGCUGCAGCUGGUCGGCGUCUCCGCCAUGUUCCUCGCCUCCAAGUACGAGGAGAUGUACCCGCCCGAGAUCUCCGACUUUGCCUACGUGACGGACCGGGCGUACACCACGGCCCAGAUCAGAGACAUGGAGAUGACCAUCCUGCGGGCGCUCAAGUUCCAGCUCGGCCGCCCUCUUCCCCUGCAGUUCCUCAGGAGAGCCUCAAAGAUCUAUGAGGUGACUGCCGAGCAGCACACCCUGGCUAAAUACCUCCUGGAACUCACCAUGGUCGACUACGAGAUGGUCCACUUCCCUCCUUCCAUGACGGCCUGCGCCGCCUUUGCUCUGACCCUCAAGAUCUUGGAUGCUGGAGAAUGGGAUGUGACACUGCAGCACUACAUGGACUACACGGCAGAGAGUUUGAUCCCUGUGAUGGCACACAUCGCCAAGAAUGUUGUGAAAGUGAACGAGGGGCUGACCAAGCACAUCGCCAUCAAGAGCAAAUACUCGACGUCGAAGCAGAUGAGGAUCGCCACCAUCGCACAUCUCAAGUCUUCGGUCGUGAAGGAUUUUGCGAAGCGUCUGCAGUGAGGCGGUGGCAGCGUCGCGUCUUUGGCACCGUGUGCUUUAAUUUGUACAGUUUGUAACUUAAGAUUUUAAUGUGACUGAGGGAGCGGCGCCAUCACGGGCGGUUUGCAUGUUUGACCGUCCGAUGAUGGCCGUUAACCUUCAGGUUUUAAUCUCGCGCAGCAGUUGCGUCUCUGCCUCUAACGCCACCUCACCACUGUCUCGUCUGUUCAAAACAUGGAUUCUAACACUGCUCAUGGUUCGCAGACUGAAGAUUCUCGCGGCAGAUACGCAGCGUUUCUGCACAGAAGUCGUUUGUUUUAUAGUUCACAUGUGUUUUCAGAAUGUCGGCCAUGUUUGAGGUUUAUCUAAACGGGCUGUUUCUACUUUUAAUGCUAUUUUCUUAAAGUGUAAAUGUACAGCAAUACUUUUUAAGUGAUUUUACCUGUAAAGCAUCUAUUAAAUGGUUUUGACCAGA